AAAUGAGUGAAUAAGAUCAUGAUGAAUAUUAUGAUGAGCAAGAAGGAGAUUAAGAAGGAGAUAUGGAAGGUGAUGACUAGGAAAUUGAUUUUGAAAAUAUGACACCAGAAUAGUAAUAAUAAUUUUUGGCAAUGCAUGGUAACAAACAGUUAUCCAUAUUAAUAUAGGUUAAUAUUAUUAAGGAGAGGAAGAAGAUGAAGAAGAAGUAGGUGAUGAAGAAGUUGAUGAUUAAGAAUAAGGUUAAAGGUAGAUGAAUUAAGGAAUGGGAAGUUCAUCUUAAUUUUAAUAAGAUAAUGCUGAAGAAUCAAGACAUAGUCCAGGAAGAAGAGAAUAAAAUGAUGAAUAUGAUCCAGAUGAGAUCUUAAGAAAAGUAAAAAGGGAUUUAUUAGAAAAUGUAAAUAGAAUAAGAAGGGAAAAGAAACUGAAUCCAUUAUAUAUAGAAUUAAUGCCUGCAAUUGUAGCAGAAAGAUAUGCUUCUCAUUUACUUGAUAAUGAUCAUAGUGAUGCUGAAUUUAAGAAAUUGUAAUAUUAAAAUAAUUAAUUUUGAAUAGAAUCGAAUUUUAUAAGUAUAAUGAAAAAAAAUUAGAUGAUCUUAAAUUGAUUUAUAUUGUAUCCAAAUUUGAAGAAGAUACUAUACCUGAUGCAUAAGUUAUUUAUGAUUAUUUUAUGGAAAUGGGUUAUCUAUUUUUUGAAGUUGAAGAUGAUAGAAAAAUAUUGUUAUCUAAUGAAAUGAAUCAUAUCUCCAUUGGUGUGUCAUGUGAUGAUAAUUAAGUUGCUAUUGUAUAUAUUGUAAGUCAUAAAGACUUAUGUGUUACUAAAAUUGAAGAUAGUAAUGA